UGGCCGUAGUGACCUGGGAGCAGCGGCAGCUCCUCCCGCUGGAAUCCUUGCCCGGAAGAGCGCUUUGCUGAGUGGCGACCGAAGUGAGAACUGUCUCUGGCUGGCCUCAGCUUCCUGGGAUAGCCGCGGGCGCUGCAGUUAUUAACUCUUCAGCAGCCAGAGACUCCAGAGAGCUACAGAGCAGGGGCAGCUGGUGGCGAUGGAGCAAUAUGUGCUACUGGACCCGCGGCAGAGAGCCUUAUACCGGGAUGUCAUGCAGGAGAGCUACGAGACACUGAUGGCGCUUGAAUUUCCAUUGCCCAAGCCUGACUUGCUGUCCCGACUGGAAGGAGGAGAUGAGGCUACAGCCCCUGACCUCCCGGGCCCAGAAGUCCUCCCUCCAGCAACCAGUGAGAAUGUGGAGGAAGAGAAUCUCCUGGUGCAGGAAAACUCCAAAGAGGCAGAGCCUGCAGGGGACAUCUCCCAGAGUCCUGAGGACAGAGGUCAGAGCAGCAAGGGCCAAACUGAGAGCCCCCUGCUCCUCACUCCUCCAUCUCCACCAGCUCCAAACCCUAACAUUUGCCAUGAAUGCGGCAAAACCUUCAGCCACAAAUCUGCCUUGGUGAAGCACCAGAAGAUCCACACAGGAGAGAAGCCCUAUGAGUGUGAGGAAUGUGGGAAGAGCUUCAUCCAGCGGUCAGACCUGACGAUCCACCAGAGAACCCACACUGGAGAGCGGCCGUACCAGUGCCCUGAUUGUGGAAAGAGCUUCAGUGUCAGCUCCACCCUGCUGACCCACCAGCGGAUCCAUGCGCCAGGAGGCGAAAAACCCAACCGCUGCCCCGAGUGUGGGAAGUGUUUCAGCGAUCCAGCUGCACUGGAGCGGCAUCGCAAGAGCCACGCGGGAGAGAAACCCCACGAGUGCUUGGACUGUGGGAAAAGCUUCGCUUGGAGCUCCCACUUGGAGAGGCACCGGCGAAUCCAUACCGGAGAGAAACCGUACAAAUGCCUCGAAUGCGGGCGAGCAUUUGCGUGGAGCUCGCACUUGGAUCGCCACAUGCGAACUCAUGCCGUGUCGGCUCUGCCGGAGGAGGCGCCACCUUCCAAGUGCGCAGAUUGUGGCAAGCGGGUCAACCACUUAACGCACCCCCAUCGUUUCAAGCACAAAGGCACCCAGACCCCGCUGGAGCACGAGGAUGUGGAGGUGACAGAAGAAGAGAGUGAGAAGGAGCGGCCCCAUCGGUGCGCCCAGUGUGGGAAGUGCUUCAGCCAGAGCUCCAACCUGCUCAAACACCAGCGUGUCCACACCGGGGAAAAGCCCUACCAGUGUUCAGAAUGCGGGCGGCGGUUCAGCUGGUGCUCCGCCCUCCUCAAGCACCAGCGCACCCACAGCAAGGAUAGGCCUUACUCCUGCCCAGAAUGCACCCGGGGUUUCCGGGACGCCGCCUCCCUGGCCAAGCACCAGCUCAGUCAUGCUGGCGGGAAGCCUCACCAGUGUCCCAACUGUGAUAAAAGCUUUGGGUGGAGCUCCCACCUGGAGAGGCACCUGCGAAUCCACACUGGAGAAAAGCCCUACGAGUGUGGAGAGUGUGGCCGGGGGUUCACCGUCGGCUCUCACUUAGAGAGGCACCGGCGGAUCCACACGGGGGCCCGUCCCCAUGGCUGUGGGGAGUGUGGGAAGACCUUUGCCUUGGGUGCGACUCUGGCCACCCAUUGGCGCCUCCAUGACACUGAGGCCAAGCCUCAUCGCUGCCCCGAAUGUGGGAAAGGCUUUAGUGCCGCAGCUGUGCUGGAGCGUCACCGCCGCCUGCAUCGUGGGGAGAAGCCCUAUCAAUGCGAUGUCUGCGGCAAGGGCUUUGCUUGGAGCUCGCACUUUGACCGCCACCAGCUCUCGCACACCGGAGAGAAGCCCUUCCCUUGUACCUACUGUGGGAAAUGCUUUGGCCGCAGCUUCCAUCGGAACCGGCACCAACGCACACACACCAUUGCCAAGAACCAAGACCUACUGCAGAGCAACCCAGAUGAUCCUUUACUGACAGCAGCAGCACCCAACUGGUGGGAGGGGGAAGGGGAACGCAGGCCCCUGCUGGGGCAGCAGGAGGCCUGGCCAGUCCCCCUGGACCAAGCAGGCCCUUUCCAAUGGACAGCCAAAUCUCCCAGUGAGGCAUGGAGGACCAUGGGGGAGAAUGGCCUUGGGCAAGGGACAGAGAGUUUGGCAGAGCCUGUAGAAAGCUGGACCCAGCCACUUCCUCGGCUGUCCCCUACUAGCCUUCCUUGAUCAUUGCUUGUGCCAGUUGCAUUUCCUUUUCCCUUCUUAAGCUGCCCCUUCUGCUCUCUGGAAAUACUUGACCCCCUUCCCUUCCCCCAAAGGGGAUUAGCUAGUAAAGCUAUCCAAGGACAGGAAGUAGAGGCCAUUUCCUGCUUCCUGUGCCACCAGCAGGCUCCUAGCUCGGACCAAGGUGUUGCUGCUGCAGCUGCUAAAAAUGUUGGUGAUAUGCCCAUCAUGCCCCGGGACCAAAAAAAAUCCCAUACUGACCUAUUUGCCUUUGGAAGGAAAAUCAGGAGGGAGACAGCUGAUUUCUAACUUGGAGUUUAUCCUUAAGGAGCUGAAGUCAGGAAGGGUUGAGGAGUUGGAGUGGUGUCAUAGCUCUGGCAAAGGAUCUGCUUUGCACGCAGAAGGUCCCUGGUUCAAGGGAAGACUCCUGCCUGAAACCAUGGAGAGCCACUGCCAGUCAGAGCAGAUAAUAUGAGCUAGAUGGGCCAAUGGUCUGACUCAGUAUUAGGGAUGUGCACAAACCAGUCCUGGGCUGAUUUGGCGGCCGGGGCGGGGGGGGGGUACCUUUAUGGAGCAGAGAGGGUGCUCUUCCCACCACCACCACCACCACCACCACCACCACCACCACAUUAUUCCCCCUGCCGGUGUGGUGUCCAGUACUGCUGCGUGGGGCAGUAGCAUACCCUCUUGCAUACCCUUUAGAUCAGACCGGAAGUGGACGGUGUGCAUGUGCAUGUGCACUGGCCACUUCCGGUGUCAUGCUAACCGGGGCAGCAAGAAGGUAUGCUGCCACUCCACAGAGUUAUUUUGGACAUAGCGCUUGUAGGGGGGAGCACCCUCCCUACUCCUUAAAGGUAGCACACACACCCGUCAUUGAACUGACUCUAACGCCGGUUCAUGCACAUCCCUACUGGGUAGAAGGCAGUUCCUAUGUUCCUGUGUGUGCAUUGAGGAAGGAAGGUAAUUGCCAGGGAAACCGAAGGAGUAUCUGUAGAAGAAGAACUAGAAUGGGGGAAGCUGAGGGGAAACUAACGUGAGAGUUAAUGGGGGAGCAUAUAUUGCAAGCAGAUGCCUGUGGUUGUGAAGAAGAGGAUUAUCGCUGGACUGUGUCAGAGAAUUCUGGAUUUGGAAGCGAUGAGAAACUUGUCAAGUCCAACUUCCAGGUCAAUCCUCUUUCCCCUGCAGAUGAAACUAUAAACAGCCUGCAAAGCAGAUAACUCACAUGAAAGAGCCCCAAAGAGACAUCUACAGGAGAAAGAAUGCAAUGGAGAACUUAUGUGAGUUGUUGGCCCAGUCUUGCAGCACCAUCUUUUCAGUGUCCUUCCACAGCUCUGACCAUUCCAGCUCACACUGGAGAAAAGGAUUAUCUUGUCAUAGAGGUGAUUUCUGUGUCAUCUGGGGUUGUUGAGUAGCAUUACCCCACACUGGGUGGUGGAGACUAAAGGGGCCAAUGGAAGGGCAAGACUGUUACAAGUUUAACACUGUAAAGUGCUUUGUCUCUCUCACAUUUUUUGACUGACACUGUUUAAUAAUGCUCAUCCCCUGCAGCAAUGUAGGUUGCUGUUACUUGUGCUGCACAAAACGGAGGCUGAGACAGGGCCACUCAGGCAGUUGCUGGCUGAAGAAAUCUUUGGAGCCCAACUCCUGCAUCUCAGGCCUUUGGCCAAGUCAAGUGUGCAUGAAGGAGCCGUCCACGAAUAGAGUGUAGUCUUUUUUGAAAGAGCAUAACUGGGUGAAAGCACUGAUGGACUGGCCAGUGGAGGCCUCCCAUGGAGGCAUGGCUGAGGUGAAAAGCCAGUCUUGCGAUAGCAAGUAUGAAUUGUCCCCUUUGCUAAGCAGGAUUCUCAUUGGUUUACAUUUAGAUGAAUGACUACAUGUGAGCACCAUCUGCUGUAAGAUAUUCUCUUUAGGGGAUGGGACCAUAGCUCAGCGGUUGAACAUCUGCCUGUAUGCGGAAGGUCCCAGGUUCAAUCCCUGGUGUCUCCAGGUAGGGCUGGCAAAGACUGCAGCCUGAAACCUUGGAGAGCCUCUGCCAGUCAGCAUGGACAAUACGGAGCUAGAUGGACCACGAGUCUGACUCGGUGUAAGGCUGCUUUCUGUGUACCACUCUAAGGCUCCAUAAGUCAGGACUUAAUCAAUUAUCUGGGGAAACGGGGCCUCCUGCAGUUCUGUGUAACUUUCCCACAAGCAGCAGCCAGAUCUCUCCUGCAAAGGGAUAUACGCACAAUGUUUCAUGUGAAUGAAUAGCAGCAGCCCAGGACAGUGUGUGUUCUGUAUGCCUAUGGAAUUGGGUCUCAUGUGAAAUGUGACAUUCUGAGAAGUGCCACCUCUUAACUUGUUUAAAAGGCAAGUUUCUAGCCCUCUUCAUUGCAGAGACAUCUGUCUGUAGAUGUGUGAAUGGACUGUGAUAGGGGCUGAGCCUUCCAGUGAUGGAGAUGGGGCAGAGAAGAGGGCACUGGACCACUUGUUAAAACCGGGGCCGUAUGUUUGGCACAGACACCUGCAUCCUGAAAAACUCACAAUGUUCACUUAGCUUUUAUGGUACAUAGGAUUGUACUAAGAUGGUGAAAUCUACAAAGGCAGAUAGAUUGCGGAGUUUCCAGUGGUUAGUGAGUGAGAUUUGAGAGCCUUCCAAAGCUCCUUGUUCUUAUUCAUGACUAGCAGAAGCAACACAUUUUGCAUAUAAAGCAACUGUAUGCUCUAUUUGCAUUAGGCCACCCAAAUUAAAGACAUGAGUCAAUUUAUAAACUUCAGCCUAUUAAUUAAUUAAAUCUGCUUAUGACAAAUAAAUCAUUCUAAAGGGACAAGACACUUGAAGAUAACACGUGCAUGUGUGUCACAUCACCUCAGAAGAGGCAUUCCAUCUUCAGUCACACAUGAGGGAAUGCCUCUUUCUAAGAUGGAGAUUGCCACCUGCAUUUUUAAAUAUUUGUAUUUAAAACCGCCCUGAGCCUUUUGGAAGGGCGGUAUAAAAUUUUUAAUAAUAAAUAAAUAAAAUGUCUUUUAAAACUUCUUGCCAGUUAAUCUGAGGCACAUUUUUGGUCUCUCAGAAAGUCUUUUAAUCAAGAAACCUAACUGAUUAAUCAACAAAACAUGCUCAAAUGGAUUUAUACUAGUGCAGGGCUGGCCAACCUGAAGCUCCAGCUGCUGCUGUACUACAAAUCGCAUGAUCCAAAGCCUCAACUAAUUGCAGCUGUGUAUAAUGUCAUCUCAAAACAGCUGGAGCGCCUUAAGUUGGCCAUUCCUGUAUUACUGCUUCUGAGGUGCUUUUCUGGCAAAAUGCAUACAAACUUUAAAAUCUAAUAAAGCAACAAUAUAACAGCAAUAAUGUUGCAUAGAUCCCAAGAGUCAGCACUUUAAUAGAAUUUAGGUGACUUUGGUGCUAAAAAAAAACCUGCUGCUGCUAUUUCCUGGCUUUGGUUUUUGUUUCUUCUGGAAGCACAGAAUACACCUGGUCCUCCAGGUUACAGUUUCCCACCAGUUAUUGUUUCUUUCCUGAUUUGAACCUUCUGUGUAUCUAUUCCAUACUCUCCAUGCCCUUUUCUUCCAUUAUCAUUCUGUUCCUUUCCAAGAUUCCUUGGAAAUCUGAACCUUGGAAACAAAAUAAAAUUGUGUAUCUAUAUCCUUC